CCUUGACAGGAUGGAUAGACUAUUGUUUGGUUGCAGUUGAUCUAAAAGGAAUGAUGAAGCCAAAGAGAAGACGACGGCAAUCUCCUGACAAGGAGUGUUGGAGUAGCAGGGCUGAUGUUUUGGAUGACUUCUUCACACCACCUGAUCGGUUACAAAGUCAAAGUAAUAUUGAGUGGUCUAGCAGUGAUGAAGACUUAUAUUCUAAAUCAAAGGUCUCAACGUCGUCAGUUAUGAGACUUACACCGGUUGAAGACAAAAUUUUGGAUGCUUUCCCUUCAGAAGCUGCCAGUCUUCAUUCUAAAUUGAAUUUUAUUAAGCCUUCAAACACAAAAACACAAUCUCUUCCUAAUAACCAGGUUUCAGAACAUGAAAGAAAUUUAGACUUCAUUUCAAGACAUUCAAAUACCCCUUUUUUAUCAGAUAAGAAAACUCGGGCCAGUGAGAGAAAAAAUAGAGGCUUAUGUGAAACAAAAAUUAGUCCACAAGCAAAGUCUGAGUUCAUGUGUGGGUCAUUUGGUGAACCAGCUAAGACUCCUAUAAAAUCUGUAUGCCAGAAGGAUUCCAGGGAAGUUUUGGAUACAUCUCCAGUUAUAGGUCUGCAUCGUACACAAUGUGCAUCUGAAAACAUACUUGUGCAUAAUAUAGAAAUUCAUGGUUCAGCACAAUGUUAUUCAGAUAGUAUGAAAGUGUUAGGGAGAACUUUUACUAAAAGACGUUCAUCAUCUAUACAGGGAUUAUCAGGUGGUAGCAGUGUCAAAAAGAAUUUUUCAUGUAAUUCACCAAUAUUAGGAUCCAGCAGAAAAAAGGACAUGGGCAAAAAAGAUGCUGAGUACAUGAGGGUAAGAGUGAAAGGGAGAAACCUUCAUACUGAGUUAAACCGAAUGUUUCCUAAAACCUCGACCAGAAACAACAGUGAGGAGCACUCAAAAAAUGUCGCAUCUUACCGUCAAUCUAUUACUAAUAAAGCAGAAGAAAUGGAUGAUUAUGCUUUUGAUAUUAUGUGUGAAGAUAAGGAGGUUCAAGAAGUUACAACUCAGCCAGAUACUUCUGGCAAGAUGAAUCAACCUUGUACAUAUGUUCAAGAAGAAGAGAUAAACGAGUAUGGAUAUAACAUUCUUUCUCAAUCAGACAGUGAAGGUCAUGAAGUCAGAUCUCAAUCAAAUACUUCAGGAGAGAAGUUACUUGUCAUUGAUGUGUGUGAAUCUCCCCUGAAAGAUAGUCAAGCCAGCUCACCAGUUUUACUAAAGGGCAGUGUUGACCCUAGUAUCACAAGCGAAUCCACAUUAUCUCCUCAAGAGAAUGUAAAAUGUGCUGAUGAAAUUUCAAAAAAUGUAGGAUUUCGGUGGGUUAGGACACUGCAACAGCAUACUCCAGAGAAACAGGCCUGUAAACCUGUAGAGUUUGUGGACUCCACUAAAAAGAAAGAGAGGAAAGAUGGAGAAGCUGCCCGACUAAGAAGAUUUAUUAAUUCUUGGCAGUCUGAUGUCCAAGUAUGGUUACAUGAAACUUCGGUCAGUAGCCUUAAAACAAGACCACCUAAGAUAGGAGAGACUUCAGUGAACAUAUUUUCUCCUGGAAGUGCCACAAGUCAUAUCAAGAAAGAGCUUCAUUAUGAAAAACCAAGUAAAUCUUUAUUGCACACUGUCAAAAAAGAUAAAAUUGAUAUAGACAGUUCCCAAAGUUCUGUUGGUUGUGAGACUAAUAUAAAAUGCAAAACUGAAGAAAAAAAAAUUUUCACAGUUAAAAUUUUGAAACUUGGCAUAUUACAAGGUAAUGCUGCACUAUGUGAGACUUGUGGAGAAUAUUCCAAUGAAUUUCUUAAAAGUACUAAAGAAGAUAUUAACAGCAGUCCUCAACAGUUCAAACUGGCAGAGUCACUCAAGUAUUAUAUAUACUUCAAUUUUGGAGAUAAUAUGCCUCCUAACCUCCAUCCAGAAGACAGAUUAGCAAUAUAUGCACCAUGGCACUAUCUGGAAAUUCCAGCACUGAAAAUUCCAGUGUUAUUUGCAUCUUUCUUCAAAAUGAUCAAAGAUGAUGCCAUUAAUUGCAAGUUAUCAAAUUUGGAGAAGUUUUCGAGAAAGAAAGGAAGACUAGAGAAAAAGAACAUUCCACCUCUUCAGGCUGAAAAAACAUGUAUUUUGGAGUGGUCUUGCAGCUGUGUUGUAGAUUUAUCCAUGCUGCCUUCUAUGUGUGACUCCAGAAAACCCAAGGCAGAGAGUAUGCAAGAAUUUCAAGAAGUCUUGGAUUCCAAAGAAGGUGCACCAACCUUGAGAAGUGUGAAGAACGCUUCACAGGAACUUUAUCAGGAUGAUAAUCUUCAAGCAGUUACUGUCUCAGAGGCUGUACAAAAAUGUGGAGGAUCAUCUGUGAGACAAAGUUCUAUUUUGGUCCGUGUUCAUCGUGUUGUGAGUCACAGGAAGAAAACACAAAAUAUAGAUAAGUGGGAGGUAAUAGCUCAAGAUGCCAAUGGGAUAUUUUGCACUAUAGAUAUUCCAAAUCGACCAUUUGUAAGAGAGGUGACUGAAGUUAUUGAGAAUGGCGAAGGCAAGACAUGGUAUUUUACCCACAUCAACAUUGUUGAGCGUCUAACUGAUUCAGAAAACCCUGGUUUAUUUUCAAUGAUAUCUUCAUUUCAUCAUUCCUACCAAAGAGCACUGCAGAAUAAUCCUCUUUUAUGUCCACUCUUGGAAGAUCAUAUUACUGCACCAUCACAGACAUUCUGUUAUGUCUUCAGUGUUAACCUGGGGAUCACCAAAGUCUUCAAUAAAGAAGAAGAAGUUGUUAUACCCCUCACUCUUCCAAAUUAUUCACUAGAAGAUAUUUUUCAGAUCACGGCUAACAGUCAACGAGGAAGUAUUUGUUUCCUUAUCUUGUACAAGAGAGGAGAUUUCCUUUAUGUAAUGAGCGAAGCCAAAGAGUCAUCAGAUGAGGAACCUUUGGAAGACUGCCCACUCAAGACUGAAUACAAAGAAGGAAAUAGUAACAUAAAGCGAUUUAGCAGGGAUGACGCCAAAAAUUUAAUCAUCAAAGUUGAAGUCAGUAGCAAAAUCACUUUACCAAGAUGGAUCCCUUCAGAUGGAACGAUUAUGAUGUAUGUUGCUGUAAAAGAUGUCGUGAUUUGGUAUGGUAACAUCAUAAUUGAUGAGUACAGUGUUAUGCAGCCAGUUGACAAAAAAUCAGAUGUAACCUUGUCAGUACUAGUCAGUAUUUUGAAACCACUGUCAAGCAGAAGUCAUUUUCAAGAUUUAGCUGUGGUGUCAGGAACAAUACAACGAGUAGAUGAGGAAAGUGCUGCAACUUGGACAACUUGCAGCAAGUGCGGCAGUGCUGAAGUUGAGGAAACGUCUGAGGGAAACAAAUGUUCUAUAUGUGGUCUUAAUGCUGCUUUAAACAAACAGUAUUAUUUGGAAAUCUGGCUUGGUUGUGGCAAUGACUUGAAGCAUGCUGACAUCAAAGUAAAGCUUUAUCAAACAACAAUUCAGAAACUUUUGAAGUCUUAUCCAGAAAGAGAGUCAGAGGAGUAUAAUCCAGAGUCACUCAUUGGAAGACGCAUAGGACCAAUGGUGUGCAUUGUUGAAAAAGCAAUUCGUAACCUAGCAAAGAAGCCGUUUUAUUUUUUACUCCAGUUACCCUAUUGAAUAAUUUUUAUCUAUUCUUAACUGAUUAAUAACCAUAGUGUAAGCAUAUAUUUUCAGUGCUUAUUUGCUGCAUAUAAUUCUAAUAUUACUUUGUAUUUGUAAAUUGUUAGUAGUAAAACAAAGUAAAAAUUAUAUUUACUGAUGAGGUAUCUUACAGGUACUAUUUUUUUUAAAUGUUCCUGCUCGAGAUCAUUGCAUAUUUAAUAGAGCUUUUCAGUAACAACAUUGUGUGAUCUGAAGAGUUGCAGUAGUCCCAAGGCUAAGCAUUUAUUUUGCUUAUAUCAAAAAAAUUGUCCAAGUUAUUUAGCGCUUUUUCAUAGCAAUUCUACUUGACGAGUACAAAUUAUGAGUUUUGUGUUACAUCAUUGCUCUGUUUAAUUUAUUUUAAAAUUAAAGAAAACACAUUAUUUUUUUUAUUGUGAAAUAGUCCUUAUGUUCUUUCACUCGCAAUGUAUUUCUGUUUUCUCUGUUAUACCACCAAACCUGUAUUUUUUAUUAUUUCUUUAUUUGCACUCAUAUUCAAUUCUGUUGUUGAUACUGUAAACACACUAAUCUCAUCUGGGUCAGGUUUGGCUUGGGUUGACAAUAUCAUUUAAACUUUUUUGUAUCAGAAAUAAAGAGGUGUAAUAUUUUAUUUCAGUGUUGUGAAUUCUCUUUUUCUAUUCAGAUAUUUAACGUUGUAGCCCAUCUGUAUACAGCAAUCAUAUUUUGAUGACAUAUUUAAUUUCUUUUGGUCCGGCCAGACUAAACUGCACAAUCAGUAAAGCAACUCAAAUUUCCAUUUUUUCACCUCUUCUCUUACAAUUAAGAUAGACUCCCUUUACUCUGCAAGAAAGACCAUUCUGUGGUCAGAAAUCACAUUUAUUCUCUGAAGAGAUUGAUUGAUUGUAUAUUAAACCUGGCGUCACAACAUGUAGGUUAUUGACACCAAAAUAAAUUUGAAUAGAAAAAACUAAAUUUAAAGUAAAAUUUCAUAUAAAAGUAUCUAAAAAUAUAUGUAUAUAAAUAUAUUUGUUCAAUUAUGUAAAUUCUUACAUAGACCAUCUAUGUAUAAUUAAAUUUUGUUGAGGAGGCCCGCCUCCCACAUAAAGAUAUAUUACGAUCCUUUCCAAGAAUUGUAACUAGAAUAAAAUUACCUUCUCUGUCAUGUUCCCAAGACAGGAACCUGUCUCAAAUUCUCAAGUCUGGGACAUUCAACCAGCAAAUGUCUCUACAGUAAAGGGCACAGUACAGUCAUCGCAAAAUGGAGGAUUUUCACGAGACAUCAAGAACCCAUGGGUGAGUCUUGUAUGUCCAAUCCUCAAUCUGCACAUCGUUUCCUGUCUCCUCGGCAUAUAGGGAUAUGACCAAGGAGACACUGAUGACGUGAUACUGCGCAUUUUUUGAUUAGUUAACAUAUUUUAAUGCUCUGACCUACUAGAGGAUAUAAAUGCCGAUAUGGUAGUAGGCAUCUUGUGGGUUCUCUAGAGCCGACUGCCGACUUUGCAAGUUGGUCAGCUUUCUCAAUCCCAACCACCCCAACAUGGGAAGGCACCCAACAGAACUUUACUCCUUUCUCUCUUCUUUCCAGUAAAAGCAGCCAUUCCAAUAUAUCUAAAAUCAGAGGGUUUAAAAAGUUUAAAGAUUCCAGCAACUGAAGAACACUUUUUGAGUCACUGUGAUGGUAAUUGCUUCAUAGCAAAGAAAGUUAAAGGAAAGGAGAACGCAUUUUCGAGAAGUUCGGCAGCAAGGAGGUUUUUGCGCCACUGUUGGAGGCGCCUAUGUUCGUGGUUGUUCCAGAAUCAGCAGGAGUGUUAUGGAUCUCAUCGUUACGUGAGAAACGCCGCGAUUUCUGAUGCAAUACCUCGUCUAGAUUCAUCUAAGAAGUUCUAGAAAUCCCUGGAGUCGGUGACGUUCGCCGUAGGCUCCGCCCCCAGAGUGCCGUAUAAAUACGACGAACGAACUUUGGAGAGCAGUGAUCGUAGAAGAGAGAGAGAGAUCGUAAAAGAGAGAUCACCAGUUAGUCACAGAGAGCCACAGAUUAGAUUAUCAGUGAGAGAUCAGCAGCAGCAGAGAUCUUCCGUGAGAUACGAGAAAAAGGAACCGACGAAGUAUCAAUCAAAAUAAGAGUUGUUCGAGAGUUGGUUGGAUAUUGGUCUAGUCGUCUUCAGGAGUGGACGGCCGCGUUAUCUCGACGUCGAGCAGACUUCAGAGAAGAAAAGGUCCUGUUACAGGUGUUGGGGAAUUCCUGCCUUACAAGAAGAUUAGUUUCUGCAAUACGGAGUCAAGAGGACGUCCGCAAUCGCCGAUCUACAUUUAUGAAGCCAGCGCAUCAAACCGCCAAAUCGAGUAGCAAGUAUUUGAAUUGUGUCACUGUUCCCCCAGUUCAUGCAGUGUAAGAUUCUAUCUUUUUAUGUAAAUAGGAGAUACCAUUCUGCAUUUACCUUUGUUAGUAAGCUUGUAAAUAAACCUUU